UUCAGUUUCACUGUAGAUAUAUAUCACAACAAUUCCACUUGUGAAAAACGAUGCCCUGCUAGCUGGGUUUGCGUUUCAUAUAUAAUAGCCUAGCUAUAAUAAUAGGCGUGGAUCAUCAGCGGCAGCGCUGUUCUUAAAACUCUUGCCAUAACAGCUUCCUAAGCACAUCAUCGUGCGCACGUGAUCUCGCCGUCAGCUUGCCAAGACACAAUCACGCAAUGGUGUCCUUCAAGACCCGCCGGAGAGAGCCCCAGCUGGUCUCGCCGGCACGGCCGACGCCGAGGGAGACGAAGCCGCUCUCCGACAUCGACGACCAGCACGCGCUGCGGUACUACGAGACGGUCAUCGGGUUCUUCCGCCGCUGCCCCGACCAGAGCGUCGACGGACCGGACGACGCGUCGCUCGCUGAUGCUGUCAGGGCGGCGCUCGCGGAGGCGCUGGUGUACUACUACCCCGUCGCCGGGCGGCUCCGGGAGGAAGCCGGCGGGAAGCUCGUCGUGGACUGCACGGCGGAAGGGGUGGCGUUCGUGGAGGCCGACGCCGACGUACGGCUGGAGGAGUUCGGGGAGCCGCUGCUGCCGCCGUACCCGUGCGUCGAGGAGCUGCUGUGCGAUGCUGGUGAUACGAGGACCAUCAUUGGAAGACCAUUGCUUCUUAUGCAGUUGACCCGACUGAAAUGUGGCGGAUUUGUUGCUGGAUUCCACAUGUGUCAUAGCAUUGCUGAUGGUUUCGGUAUGAUUCAACUCAUGAUAGCAAUAGCGGAAAUGGCAUGUGGUGCAGAAGCCCCAAGCAUUCUCCCCGUUUGGAAUAGAGAGAUUCUAAGUACAGCACAUAGCCCAACCCCCAGCACACACCCGAACCCUUCGUACGAACCAUUACUAAAUAGCUUGGACUAUGCAUCGGAGUCUGACGAUGUGAUGCUGUCGACUCCGCUCGACGAAAUGGUAGUCGACUACUUCGUCUUUGGGCCGAGAGAGAUGAAAACUCUCGAAAGCCAUGUACGGGGAUACCUCGCCCAUCCUGCAACAUCCUUUGAACUGCUAACUGCCGUCAUGUGGCGAUGCCGCACAAUAGCUUUGGGAUACAAGUCUAGCCAGCCAGUGCGCCUUAUGAUCACUAUGAAUGCCCGAGGGAGGUGGAAUCGCCACACCCUCAUCCCGUUGGGUUACUACGGCAAUGCACACUUCUCCCCCAUAGCGGAACUCACCGUCGAUGAGCUCUGCAGGCAGCCGCUCGUCGACACGGUUGAGCUUGUUCGUAGAACCAAGCUCAGUGUGACAAAGGAGUGCAUGGAUUCGAUGGUGCAGACGAUUGCAUCCCUGCGCCAGAGGCCUUGUGCGGACCCGGCCAGAAUGUACGAUGUUUCUGAUACGAAAUGGAUUGCAGCGGGGAAUGGUUUGCAGCUUGGGUGGGCUGAAUUUGUUGGUGGUGGCAUACCGGUGGCUGGAGACCUUACUUCCAAGCUCGGAAGCGAUCAUAUGAUGUGCAAGAACCAAGAUGGGGAGGACGCAACGGUGGUAUCAAUAAUGUUGCCAAGGCCGGCGAUGGAGAGGUUCAAGAAGGAGAUGGCUAUGUGGCUGAACAAACGUGAUGAGAAGAAUUUAAUUAUACAGAGUUCCCUCUAGUAGGUAGCUAGCCAAGGUACAUAUGUGCUGCUUGUUUGUUAAGUUUGAUUGUUUCAGUCAUUCUGAGAUGGCUGAUGAGUGGUGUAAGAAACAGUUUGAUUUUUUACUCAUUAUAAUUUUUUGUAACGAGAGGAAACAGCUGGACUUUUUAUUGUUUGAAUUUCGCAAGGUGGGAAUCCACCAAAGUAUUUCCAUGUAA